UGGAGUUCCGGAGUCGAGUCGCUGGCCUCCUGGGCCGAAGCAGACAUGCAGCCGCCGCCCCGAAAAGUGAAGCCGGCCCAAGAGGUGAAGCUCCGCUUCCUGGAGCAACUGAGCAUCCUUCAGAUCCGGCAGCAGAGGGAGGCGGAUCUGCUGGAGGACAUCAGAUCCUACAGCAAGCAGAGGGCGGCCAUUGAACGGGAGUAUGGGCAGGCACUCCAGAAACUGGCUGGGCCAUUCCUGAAGAGGGAAGGGCAGCGAAGUGGGGAGAUGGACAGCAGACUUUCUCUGGGGAGGGACAGGACAGUGUUUGGUGCCUGGCGCUGCCUGCUGGAUGCCACCAUGGCUGCAGGCCAAACCCGACUCCAGGCGUCUGACCGAUACCGUGACCUAGCAGGGGGCACAGGGCGGAGUGCCAAGGAGCAGGUGCUUAGGAAGGGGACAGAGAGCCUCCAGAGAGCACAGGCAGAGGUGCUGCAGUCUGUCCGGGAGCUGAGUCGAAGUCACAAGCUAUAUGGACAGCGAGAACGUGUAUGGGCCUUGGCACAGGAGAAGGCAGCUGAUGUCCAGGCCAGGCUGAACCGAAGUGACCAUGGCAUCUUCCACACUCGGACCAGUCUCCAGAAACUGAGCACCAAGCUCUCUGUCCAGUCAGCCCAGUAUUCCCAGCAGCUGCGAGCAGCCCGUAAUGAGUAUCUGCUAAACUUGGUGGCCACCAAUGCCCACCUUGACCACUACUACCAAGAGGAACUGCCAGCUUUGCUCAAGGCCUUGGUAAGUGAGCUGUCAGAACACUUGAGAGAUCCUCUGACCUUACUGAGCCGCACUGAACUGGAAGCUGCAGAGAUGGUCCUGGAACAUGCCCGCCAUGGGGGACAGACAACAUCUCAGGUAAACUGGGAGCAGGAUGUGAAGUUGUUUCUUCAGGAGCCUGGCGUCUUUUCUCCCACUCCACCUCAGCAGUUUCAGCCAGCAGGGGCUGAUCAGGUGUGUUCACUGGAGCAAGGAACAGGAGACGUGGCUGAGGAUAGUGGCCUGGAGAAAGAGAUCCAGCGUUGGGCAGGUCGGGCUGCCCGAGACUACAAGAUCCAACACCAUGGGCAUCGGGUGCUGCAGCGACUGGAGCAGAGGAGGCAACAAGCUCCAGAGCGAGAAGCCCCAGGCAUAGAACAGAGGCUACAGGAAGUGAAGGAGAGCAUUCGGAGGGCACAGGUGAGCCAGGUGAAGGGAGCUGCCCGGCUGGCCCUGCUGCAGGGGGCUGGCCUGGAUGUUCAGCACUGGUUGAAGCCAGCCAUGACUCAGGCCCAGGAUGAGGUGGAGCAGGAGCGAAGGCUUAGUGAGGCCAGGCUGUCCCAGAGGGACCUCUCCCCCACGGCUGAGGAUGUUGAGCUUUCUGAUUUUGAUGAAUGUGAGGAGACUGGGGAGCUUUUUGAGGAGCCUGCCCCUCCAGCCCUGGCUACCAGGCCCCUCCCCUGCCCAGCACAUGUGGUAUUUGGCUAUCAGGCAGGGCAUGAGGAUGAACUGACCAUCAUGGAGGGUGAGUGGCUGGAGGUCAUAGAGGAAGGAGAUGCUGAAGAAUGGGUCAAGGCUCGGAACCAGCAUGGUAAGGUAGGCUUUGUUCCUGAGCGGUAUCUCAACUUCCCGGAUCUGUCCCUUUCUGAGAGCAGCCAUGACAGUAACAAUCCAUUGGGAGCAGAACCCACUGCAUUCUUGGCCCAUGCCCUGUACAGUUACACUGGACAGAGUGAAGAGGAGCUGAGCUUCCCUGAGGGAGCACUCAUCCGCCUGCUACCUAGGGCCCAAGAUGGAGUGGAUGAUGGUUUCUGGAGGGGAGAAUUUGGGGGCCAUGUUGGAGUUUUCCCCUCCUUGCUGGUAGAGGAGUUGCUUGGUCCCCCAGGACCACCUGAACUCUCAGACUCUGAACAGAUGAUGCCAUCUCCUUCUCCUCCCAGUUUCUCUCCUCCUGCACCCACCUCUGCCUUGGGUGGACUCUCUGCACCUGCCCUUCCUGGGGACACAUCCUUAGACUGUUCUAAAGCCUUGGACUGUCCUGGCCCCCUGGACAUGAUGGUGCCUCGACUCAGGCCGAUGCGUCCACCACCUCCCCCACCAGCUAAAGCUCCGGAUCCUGGCCACCCAGAUCACUUCACCUGAAGGCCAGGGGAACCACUGCCCC